AAAAGUUGACAAAAUUUUAAUUGUCUCUCGUGGUAGGCAUGUGGUUUUGACUUCAUCUUCUUAGUCAAUGGUCGGACACGUGGUGAUUAUUAAUUGGCCGAGACCUUGGACGGCGAAAAAGGAUUAAACAUGAACGAGUAUAUUCAUUGUUGAAUUCAAUAUAGUCCCAAAUUAUAAAGCAAACAACAAUAUCUCAAUCUCAGAUGAUUUUUCUCACGCGGUUAGUUUCCGACAAAAAUAAUAUAGGAACACCAAUCUCUCUUAAUAUAUAUAUAUAUACACACACUGACAAAGAUCAGUAUUCAGUAUAUAUAGUUAAAGAAGAUUUAUCAAACUCAAAAAAAAUCAGUAUCAAUAAUGGAGUCUCUUAAUAAGCUGAUCACCCAAGCUCUUUGGUUCGCCAUAUUAUUAUUAUUAGGUACUUUUGGAGCUUUUCUCUUGUUGUUCUUGAGAGUAAUAUAUUGUUGGUGGAUAUCUCCAAUUCGGGUUUACCGUAAUCUUAGAGAAAACGGGUUCGGAGGUCCGACUCCGAGUUUCCCACUAGGCAAUACAAGUGAGAUGAGGAGUGUUGGUAGUAGUACAAGCCAUAAUAAUAAUAAUAAUAAUAAUAAUAAUAAUGUGAGCCAUGACUUACACUCUAUUGUAUUCCCUCACUUUGCACGGUGGCGUAAGAUCUAUGGGAAAGUAUUCGUGUACUGGCUUGGGACAGAGCCUUUUGUGUACGUAGGAGAUGGUGAAUUUUUAAGUAGAAUAUCAAGUGGAGUAGCUGGAAAGAGUUGGGGAAAGCCCAAUGUAUUUAGAAAAGAUAGAGAACCCAUGUUUGGGAUUAAUAGUUUGGCUAUGGUUGAAGGUGAACAUUGGGUUCGUCAUCGACGUGCUAUUACUCCUGCUUUUUCCAAAACAAAUUUGAAGGCUAUGGCGUGGUCAAUGAAAGAGUCAACGAACAACAUGUUGGACCAGUGGACUAUGGUGAAUUCAAAUAUUAGCCCAUUUGAAAUAGACGCAGAGCGAGAGCUGACAGCCCUAACAGGAGAAAUCAUAUCAAAAAUAAGCUUUGGAAUAAGCUACGAAAAUGGGCAGAAAGUGUUUGAAAAACUAAAAGCCCUACAAGCUGAACUUUUCAAGUCAAAUCGCUUAGUGGGGGUUCCAUUUAGUGAGUUCUUUAUGAACCGAAAACAAACUCUUAAAGCCCAAAAGCUCGGGAAAGAAAUUGACCAAAUUCUCCUAUCAAUCAUAGACACUCGAAGAAAAUCCAUAAAGGAGGAAAAUAAUUGCCAAGGAGACUUGUUAGGUUUAUUGCUUAAAGCAAAUGAAGAGAAUAAUGGCGAUGAGAGUAUGGAGAAAAUGUUGACGAUUAGGGAAUUAAUCGAUGAGUCCAAGACUUUUUUCUUUGGUGGCCAUGAUACAACCGCGUUGUCUUUGACUUGGACGCUAUUGCUUUUGGCUCUCAAUCAAGAUUGGCAAACUCAGUUGAGAGAAGAAAUUAGAGAUGUGAUUGGAGAUGGAGAAGUUAAUUUCACCUCCAUUGCUGGCCUAAAAAAGAUGGGAUGGGUAAUGAACGAGGUUAUCCGACUAUACUCACCGGCACCUAAUAUUCAAAGGCAAACUAGAGAAGACAUAAAAGUAGAGGAAAACAUGGUAAUACCCAAAGGAACAAACAUAUGGAUUGACAUUGUGGGAAUGAACCAUGAUCCUUGUCUUUGGGGAAAUGAUGUCAAUGAAUUUAAACCUCAGAGGUUCGAAAACGACGUAGUUUAUGGUGGGUGCAAGCACAAGAUGGGUUUUGUGCCGUUUGGCUUUGGUGGAAGAAUGUGUGUGGGUAGAAACUUGAGCACACUCGAAUAUAGGAUUAUCUUAACCUUAAUCCUAACUAGGUUCUCCUUUACAUUGUCGCCAAACUACCGUCAUUCUCCUUCAACCCUACUUACUUUGAGGCCUACCUAUGGAUUGCCUCUUCUAAUGCAACCCAUUAGCGCCACACAUACAUAACAUAUUGUGAUUUAAUUAAUAUUUGAUAUUACAUAUUUUAAUUUAAGGAGUAAUAAAAAAAUAACAAUUAUAUAUAAUAGCAA